GUUUAUCGUGCAUCCUUUGGUGUUAGAAUAAAAAAAAAGGUUUUUAGGAUCCCAAUUAUUAUGCUGUAAUGUUUAAAUGAAGUGUAACCCCCCUUUUUUUUAUUCUGUUGCUCAUGGCUCUUCCCGCUAAUAAUCAGAAUAGUACCUUUCAGGGUCUGCCCUCCUUCCUCCAUCGGAGGAAGACAUGGGUACAAGUCAUUUCAGGAGGAUCAUCUGCAGCAUCUAGCUCAUCAGCUAGCCCGUUGAGACGAUCCCCCUCACACUUGCCCGGUAAUGGAUCUGGAACAUCCAUGCCUCGAGCUGAUUCGCCUCCUCACAUUGAUCACUUUUCGAACAAAGUGAUCCGUCCCUUUUUGACUGGAUGUCAUGAAUUGGACCACUUCUGUAGUGGUAAACUACAUCUUUGGGGUGUUUCUGACAAAACCCGAAAGGGCUGCUCUCGUCUUUUUGCCGAGAUCGCUGUCAGCCCUAAAUUAUAUCAAAAGCUUAAGGUUGAACCUAAUUUUAGUCUUCCUUCCUUCCCUGCUCCCUUCGCUGCAUAUCCCUCUCUUUCGCCUUCUACCAAGAUAGUUAAAGUCUCCCUCUCUGGGCUCCCCUUUCAAUAUGGCCGUGAAAGUGGGGGUUUGGAUGAAUUGUUCGCUGAUAUGGCUUUUGUUUUGAUAGCAAAAAGUUAA